AUGGUGUUGCUCACGGGCGGCCAGGUCUCCAUGGCCAUAUCGUCUGCUAUAGUAUUCAUAUUCACAUUUCUACUUUUCCUCUCUGGGUACAUUCUCCAGCAGCAGACCGUACGCGGCAUCCAGGAAGCCAUCAAACCUCGCCUUCCUCAACCUACAAAAUCCGUGCCGGAAGAGCCCUUCAACCCAAAUGCAAGGCUCGCGAGAGUGCUUGGGUCCCGCGAUCCGAAACAUGAGAAGUUCAUAGAAGAAACGCAGGUAGACUGGAGAAGACUGGGCUAUGUGCAGCUGGUCACGGACCAUCGCGAUGUGUGCACUGCCGUCAUGCAGUUCGCGGAGCUGCAUCGAGAGAAGAGCCCUGCUACCCGGGUUCUGAUGUUCCCGAGGGCUUGGAUCGAGGACGAAGAGGAGGAGGACCCCUACCUCGACACCAGUAGGAGACUACUGAGGGCAGCCGUGAGGAGGUACAGAGUGGUUCUCCGCCCAGUCGACCCUAUCAUCAAGGACUCGGUCCCUCCGAAGUAUUCUCUCGCCAGCUUCUUUUCUUUAAUCGACUUCGAUCGGCUCCUCUAUCUUGCGCCAUCCGGCGUCAUCAUUGACUCUCUGGCUAUGGAUGCCCUCCUGGCCUUCUCUCCCUCUCAGAGGCUUGCAGCGCUCCCCGAGGAUCCUACAGCAUCCCGAAUCUCAACCAACUUCAUGCUUAUGCAGCCGUCCAUGUCGACCUUCAGGAAGCUGUCGGCCGCACUCGGCAAGGACGACUUUAGCGAUCAAGAAUUGUUCCAGAAGCACUUCGAGGCCUCGACGUCUUUGUUGCCGCCGACGGCCGAGGCCGAAACAACACUGUACUACGAAUCCCCCGAGCUGCGGGCUCUUGACGACGCCGAAUCGUUCAACUCGACGCAAUUCUUGACUACGACGGCAUACGUACGGCUUGCCGAUCCCGAGCUCCCCGGGCCCGAGUAUGAUGUGCCGUACGGGCAGAUGGUGCAGCUGCGGCCGAAAGAGGACGAGGCCAGGUGGGUUUGGGAGAAGCUGUACUCCAAGUUUCGCGGAAACCGAAUGGACGUGUGCGGGCUCGACUUGCUGAUGGCCAGCAAGCCCAAGGUUGCAGCAAAGACCGAAGACGGAGAGACGGUGACGCAGGAGGAGCUCUGA